GGCCUCAUCUGCAUGCCGGCUCCGCCCCACCAGAAUGCUGCCGACGUCAGCCGGGUCCGCAAUCGCCGGGCCGCGCCGCUGCUGCAGUCGCUGCGGGGGGAGCCGGGGAGAUGGCUUCCGCUACUGACGCCCGCUAUGGCCAGAAGGAGUCCUCAGACCAGAACUUCGACUACAUGUUCAAGAUCCUGAUCAUCGGGAACAGCAGCGUGGGCAAGACCUCCUUCCUGUUCCGCUACGCCGACGACUCCUUCACACCCGCCUUUGUCAGCACCGUCGGCAUCGACUUCAAGGUCAAGACCAUCUACCGCAACGACAAGCGCAUCAAGCUGCAGAUCUGGGACACUGCGGGCCAGGAGCGGUACCGGACAAUCACCACCGCCUACUAUCGCGGGGCCAUGGGCUUCAUCCUGAUGUACGACAUCACCAACGAGGAGUCUUUCAACGCAGUGCAGGACUGGUCGACCCAGAUCAAGACGUACUCGUGGGACAACGCGCAGGUGCUGCUGGUGGGGAACAAGUGCGACAUGGAGGAUGAGCGCGUCGUGUCGUCGGAGCGUGGCCGCCAGCUGGCCGAGCACCUGGGGUUUGAGUUCUUUGAGGCCAGCGCCAAGGACAACAUCAACGUCAAGCAGACGUUCGAGCGGCUCGUCGACAUCAUCUGCGAGAAGAUGUCUGAGUCCCUAGACACAGCGGAUCCCGCCGUGACGGGGGCCAAGCAGGGGCCGCAGCUGACGGACCAGCAAGCCCCUCCGCACCAGGACUGUGCCUGCUAGACGCAAGCAUGGCCCCCACUCCUCACCCGUCACCACCUCCGCGUCCCAGAGCCCUCGAUCAGCCCCUUGUGCUCCCAAUUAGCCCCUGUUCAAUCGGUUUUAUUGGGUAACCCCUGGAGACCGGCCGAGGCGAGGUGACCAGGCCGGGGCUCGUGCUGCGCAGGUUUUAGGAGGGCUGCAUCCUCCCUCCAAGCCUGCGCCGCUCUGGCUCCCGGCUGCGCCCCGUCGCCCCUGCCCCCCCACCUCACUCUCACCCCGGGACGGUAGGAAAAAGCUCUUCUGUUUGCUCGUAGCUGUUGUCUGACCCCGGCUCUGUGUUCCUCAUCGCUGGACCGCCAAAGCCAGGCGCUCCCCGCUGCUGGAUGUCACAUCUGCCUGCCCCUGGCACUGGCGGGCGUGAGGCCUCCAGCCAGCGGGACAUGAGCUAGAAAACCCUGGCUUUGGGGCACAGCGCAGAACGGCCAGUGCCGAAGUCAGGGUUUGGGCUGGCUUCCAGGUAUGGGGGGGCAGGGGCAGGGGCAGCAUCUUAACACUAUAGCUGACACCACGUGUUGUGACACUACGCAGGGUCCAGCAUGACCUGCCUUCUCACGCAGCUGCCGUGCUGCAGCAGUGAGACUAACUGCAUACCGCUGCUAAUGAGAGGAUGUUCCCCUCGGUCUGUGCGUCGGCUCCCUCCCCUCUGCCCUGCAUGUCUGCUGCUGCAUGGCGGGGGCUCCCAACAGCCACUCGCACGGUGAGCGCCCUGAGCCGGCUGCAGGCCAUGCGCCUUGGCCCUGCCUCGUGCCCUGCAGCCGUGGCUGGGCCGGGGAGGGGGAGAGGUUGCAACUCUGGUCAGCCCUUGCUGGCUUGAUGCGUUCGACCCCGAUGAGGCGUGAGUGCAAGCGGUGCCGUGGAGACGCGUUGCAGCCCUGUCCUCCUGCCCCCUCGCAGCUUGUCCUGCGAAGGGCAGAGGAUCCGGCCCCGGCCUGGCUGGAGAGCGCCCCGGCUUGUCAGUCCCGCCCGCCACUGAUGCAUAUUUCACGACUCCUGUUUAUUUGUACAAAUAGAGGCUACUUCUGCUCCUGCUGUCUUCCUCCUUGUACAUAAACACGACGCCCUGUACAUAGACGUAGCCGUGCCCCUCGUGUGCGUGUGCCCUGCUGUGCCGUGGCUGUGCUGCUGUACUUAUUUAUUUUAGCGAUGUGGUAGUGACCUGCUUGUGAAAACCACUUUGGAAUCUAUUAUUUAAGAGCAGGACGAGCAAGGGCAGCGGCGGUGGCAGCACCGCAGCAAAUCGGUGCCGGAGCCGCGGCCUCGCAGCAGUGCGGACAGUCUCCGCGCAGACGUCCGAGCCAGUGACCCGAGCUGGUGCACGGCUGGGCUUGGCGCGUUGCUGCAGCCCCUGCUGCUCCUUGCGUGUCCAUAUAGUGAUGUGCUUACUGUGGAGACUGUGACUAUGUGGAACUACCUGUAUCAAUGACCAACCCUGUCUGGCUCCCCCACCCCUAUUUAUUUUUCUUGGAGCACUGUCUUUGUUUUACAGAUACGGAACGACGUGGCCACUCCGCCCAGCCUCCUCCUCUCUGUGACGUUGACUCAUCUGGAAGAGUUUCGCUGUACUGUAAAAAUGUCAAAAGUGUCAAAAGAGUCAAAUUUCCUGAAACUCACUGUACGAGAGAUGUUGUGAAGAAAUAAACCAAUGCUGAUCACAAA